ACACUAARAACGGAUGCGAGGGAAACUACGUGCCGGCCGGCAGGCUAAGUUUUAUAGACUCGAGAAUACUUAAGCAUGGAAAAUGUAGCGGAAAAUGUAAGGUAUUAGAACCUGCUGAUAGAUAUUCUACUGAUCUGUGAGAAUAGCUUGUUUAUACUUUAGUAUAUUCAGGUCAAAUCAUUCUCAACUUCCACUUGUAGUUUAUAAAUGAAUGAAAAAGUCGUGUUGAAGAAGAAGCCCCUAAAAUGUCACUAAAAUCCAAUGUGUAUCUCAUCAGUUUCCUCUGUGGGUUGUUAUCUUUUCAUACAAACGAAGCCACUACAGUUCCAGCUAUUCCGGGAUCCUGCCUUCAAUUGUGAAUCUUUGACCAUCCCUUGUAAUAUUAGCGAUAUUAACAAAGCAAAUGCUGUUCGUUUGUACAUCGAUAAGAAAAUGAUACAAGAACAUGAUAUGAAGAAAAACAAAACUGAAUGUGCUACUGAAGGUAUUGAUGAUAUCCACAAGAAAAAUUGUGCUUCAAGAAUGAAUGGUUCAUUUCUGGAUGGUAAUAAUAUGCUUUUCAAGAUGGACCCUCCUUGGCCGGAGUUGAACCAAAGUAUAGCUGGCUGCGAAGUAAGGUACCCCGAUGGACGUGAAAAUGACCAUCAUCGAAAAAGGAUAGAUUACCAUUAUUGUCAAGCUACCAACAAUGGUACUGGAAAGCCUACUGGAAAGCCUACUGUAACAAAGAAUACAGAACGUCCAGAAUGUUCAACUGAAAAACCUCCCAAUUCAGAUUCAAACGGGGAUGACAAUUGUCGUACCGUCGUGAUAAUUUUAUCAGUUUUACUUGUUUUCUUCUUCUUUACUUCCGCGGUCUUGCUGGGUUUGCUUAUCUAUCGUCGCAAAUCGAAAAAGAGGCAUAAUAAACUGCCUUGCAAUAAUGACGAAGAAAAUGAAAAUAAGCCACGAGAUGAAAUAUCAAUGGAUGUAGUGACUAACGGCCAAUGUUAACCGUGCAUCAGGUGAUAUGCGAAAUGUGGAGUAAGGAGUAGACGUUUAAUCAAUGGACUACUUCGACGAUACAGUGGCCAUCUUGYCAGGUGGCAAAACAAAACAAAGAUGACAAAAGAUAUCUAGAGUUUCGUGUGGUUGUCUUUCUUUUAUGGGUCAAGGUGAUCUAUGUGUCGUCUUAAUUCAUCUUUUGUUAUAUUCUCUUGUGGUGAACUGUUAAUUUCAGUGGACGUCAUUACUGUAACAAAGCUUUAUUUGCCUCUUGGAAGCCCCAUGAUGUCUUGCAAUCGUCGAAGUAGUCCAUUCAUUACGUCAGCAAUCUCGUACCCAGAGCCUGCGUUUCUUCUGGCCUGCGGCGAAGUACA